AAACAAGAGCUUAGCACAAACUCAAUGCGGAGAAUAUGCAAGCCUCAUCAGAACAGAAAACCUAAACUUGAUCAAUUAUGGGUCUGUCUGCACCUGGCCAGCUGGGUUUCUGGAAAUCGGAUGGCCAUUCUGGCUGACGCGCUGGCUUUGGAGACGAAGGUUUAUUAGUCUUGUCGCUUGAUGGUCCAGUGUACUGGUUGGAGCCAUGACCGAUGGGGAGCCAACGAGAAGAAGACAUCACCAGCCUGUCAGCACGCCCUCACGCUUCGACUUGCAAGAAGUGCAACAGACGCUGACCCCCUCGUGUGUUUCAUAUGGCGCCCAUUCGGGGGAAAGAUCCGAUUCCUUCACCCAUCUCAUCUCACUCAACCCUGCCGCCUCCCUCGCGGCUCCGGCCAAUAACACCUCCUUUUCAACGCAAUCGGGCGAAUCAUCAAUGCCCAGAUUCUGGUCGGUUAAUAUCGUGCAUCUCGGCUUGCACUUGGCACAUCAUCCUCGGAAGCCACAGCGCGCGCCAAAGCAAUUCCCCGCUCCUUGAGGCACACUCACUCAAGCCCAUGAGCAUAUGGGAAUGAAUAAUAAUAACGGGACGCUUGCAUGUGGCGGCCGUAAACUAUUAUUAUUAUUCUCCCAAGAAACCUUCGCUGGCUCAAAUCGCCUCGUCAAGCUUUCAAUUGGUGGUUGAGGCAAUAAUGGAUGCGUUUCGCAGUGAUUCCCGAUCCUCGCUGAGUUUCUCGUUCGGGGCGAUGGCUUGGCUCAAAAUAAUAAGAAUAAGAAUAAUAAUAAUAAUAAUGCACAUCAACCGGAUCCAACUAGAGGGAGUGUUCGGUUGCACGCUUAACCUCGUACAAUCUUGUAUAAAAGACCCCACUUACACAAUCUUACACCGUACACACUCCAUUCAACAUUGUCUGCACGAAAGAGGCCUUGUGUUCAGUCUGCCAUUCUUAUAUCAUAUCCCUUCUUUUUCUCCACUUACACGCGAUUAGACUUCAAUGGUGUAACUAGAUCAUAUAGUGAGGGGUUGUAUCUAUAAUAAGGCAAGGUUGGGAGCGUGUAAAGUUAUAUACAAGUGUGCUGCCAGGUUGAGUAUUAUCCUGUAGUAGUGCGGGGGCUCACAUUGUUGAUUAUAUGACUCCUGCUGUACACUUAAAAUACUAUCCACUUUUUACGUGCAGGUUGUACUUGUAUGUACAUACAUACGUACAACCGAACACGCCCCCUGAGUGAUCCCAUUUACCAUUUACAAACUGCCGUUGGCGCAAUAAUAGCCUCUGUGGAGUUACUCCGUCCUCCUCUGUGC